CGGUAUGGAAAAGAUUUACAGCUGCAUGUCGGCAACAAAGACCAUUAUUUUGCACCGUGCUGGGUGACUUGAUUCAUCACCUAAAGUCACAAGAUUUUCUGCCAUAUGGUACCAUCAUUUUCAUCAAAGAAGUUAUGGAUUAUAGGAUGUUUCCUUACACCUGGAGGUAGAGAAUGGACCUACCAAAAUUGGACACAUUGCACUGUCUUGUUCAGAUAUAAGUAUUCAAACACAUGUGAUGUAUAAGAUAAAGAAUCUAGUGACUCGCCACAGCUAGAGGUACACGCCCAGACACAUACAGGUGUGGAGCUGAACAUGUCGACAUGUGAAAAGGAAGGAAGUAACUCGCCACAGCUAGAGGUACACGCCCAGACACAUACAGGUGUGGAACUGAACAUGUCGACAUGUGAAAUGGAAGUAAGUAACUCGCCACAGCUAGAGGUACACGCCCAAACACAUACAGGUGUGGAACUGAACAUGUCGACAUGUGAAAAGGAAGGAAGUAACUCGCCACAGCUAGAGGUACACGCCCAGACACAUACAGGUGAGGAAAUAUAUAUGUUGAAAUGUGAGGAAGAUUCAAAUGAAGGGAUGCUGGAGAAUCACACCAUGAAGGAACCAAGCAUGUUGGAGUAUGGUGGAGAGUUGAGUGACUCAUGUCAGCCAGAGGUACACACCAGGAUACACACAGAUGACGAACCAAACAUCUUGAAAUAUGAUGGAGAGUUGAGUGACUUGUCUCAGCCAGAGGUACACACUAGGACACAUACAGGAGCAGAGUCAAAUAUCUUGAAAUUUGAUAAAGAGCCUUGUAACUCAUCUGAGCUAGAAUUAAUCUCUAGUGAGCUACCAAAUCUAUACACCUGUGGUGUAUGUGGAAAGGAGUUUAGUGAUUCAUCUGAGCUCGAGGUACACAUCAGGGCACAUGCUGUUAAAGAACCCUAUACAUACAUCUUUGAUGCCAACGAUCAAAAUCUGAUUGACAUGUCCUGGAUAAAGAAGCAGAAAACGACACCGUCAGAAGAAAAGCUUUACAAAUGUGAUGUUUGCGGUGAGGGAUUUAAUUGUGUGUCUGGGUUUAAGACACAUUUUCAGACACACAUUGGACACAAACCAUUCAAAUGUCAUGUCUGCGGUAAGGAGUUUAUUAAAGGGAAAUAUUUCAAGGCUCACCUGAGAAUACAUACGGGGGAGAUCCCACCACACCGAUGUGAGGUAUGUGGUAAAAUCUCCACUUGCAAGUCAGCUUUAGAGAAACACAUGCGAACACAUACGGGGGAAACGCCGUUCGCAUGUGAGGUCUGUGGACGCGGGUUUAGUCGCACAUCUGAUGUUAAGAGACAUUUACGGACACAUACUGGUGAGAAACCAUAUAAAUGUGAUGUAUGCAUUAAGGAAUUUAGUCAGGCAUCAGCCCUGCAAGCUCACAUGAGAACGCAUACAGGCGAGAAACCACAUAAGUGUGAUGUCUGUGGAAAAAGUUUUGGUCGCACUUCUAAUUUACAGAAACACAUGCGAACACAUACUGGGGAAAGACCAUACAAGUGCGACAUAUGUGGGAGGGCCUUUAGCCAGUCAGCAAACUUGCACUCACAUAUGAUGAUACAUACUGGGGAAAAGCCGUAUGAAUGUAAGAUUUGUGGUAAAGAAUUUUCACAGACAAACGAUGUUAAAAUGCACCUGCGGACACACACAGGGGAAAAGCCGUGCAAGUGUGAAAUCUGUGGUAAAGAUUUCAGUUUUUCCUCGAGUCUUCAUCGACAUAUGAGAACACAUACAGGCGAGAAGCGACACAAGUGUUAUUUUUGCGGUAAAGCAUUUGCCGAAUCAGGGCACUUGAGUAAUCAUAUACGGACACACACAGGGGAAAAGCCGUAUAAAUGUGAUAUUUGUGGAAAGGAGUUGAGACAGGUAAACGAUUUAAAGAUUCAUCAGAGAACUCAUACGGGAGAGAAACCAUACAAGUGUGACAACUGCGAUAAAACGUUUUGUUCCUCAUCUGCCCUACGUAAACAUGUUAAGAUACAUUCAGGUGAGAAAUCAUACAAUUUUGAUUUUAUGGGAUUUGAUUUGUCAUCUAAUCUUCCAACAGAUCUCAUAACAGAUACAGAGGAGACACCAGAGGUUAGCAAUUCUGUGGUGGGGUAAAACCUCCAGAGACACUUCAGAUUCUGUGGGGGGUAAAACAAACUUUCAGAGACACUUCAGAUUCUGUGGUGGGGUAAAACAAACCUCCAGAGACACUUCAGAUUCUGUGGUGAGAUAAAACCUUCAGAGACACUUCAGAUUCUGUGGUGGGGUAAAACAAACCUCCAGAGACACUUCAGAUUCUGUGAUGUGGUAAAUCCUCCAGAGACACUUUAGAUCCUGUGGUUGGGUAAAACCUCCAGAGACACUUGAGAUUCUGUGGGGGGUAAAAUAAACCUCUAGAGACACUUCAGAUUCUGUGGUGGGGCAAAACAAACCUCCAGAGACACUUCAGAUUCUGUGGGGGGUAAAACAAACCUCUAGAGACACUUCAGAUUCUGUGGUGGGGUAAAACCUUCAGAGACACUUCAGAUUCUGUGAUGUGGUAAAACAAACCUCCAGAGACACUUCAGAUUCUGUGGGGGGUAAAACAAACCUCUAGAGACACUUCAGAUCCUGUGGUUGGGUAAAACCUCCAGAGACACUUGAGAUUCUGUGAUGUGAUAAAACAAACCUCCAGAGACACUUCAGAUUCUGUGGUGUGGUAAAACCUCCAGUGACACUUUAGAUUCUGUGAUGUGAUAAAACAAACCUCCAGAGACACUUCAGAUUCUGUGGUGUGGUAAAACCUCCAGUGACACUUCAGAUUCUGUGGUGAGAUUAAACCUCCAGAGACACGUCAGAUUCUGUGGUGUGGUAAAUCCUCCAGAGACACUUCAGAUUCUGUGGUGUGGUAAAACCUCCAGUGACACUUUAGAUUCUGUGAUGUGAUAAAACAAACCUCCAGAGACACUUCAGAUUCUGUGGUGGGGUAAGAAAAAACCUCCAGAGACACUUCAGCUUCUGUGGUGAGAUUAAACCUCCAGAGACACUUCAGCUUCUGUGGUGAGAUUAAACCUCCAGAGACACUUCAGCUUCUGUGAUGAGAUAAAACCUCCAGAGACACUUCAGAUUCUGUGGUGAGAUAAAACCUCCAGAGACACUUCAGAUUCUGUGGUGGGGUAAAACCUCCAGAGACACUUCAGAUUCUGUGGUGGGGUAAAACAAACCUCCAGAGACACUUCAGCUUCUAUGGUGAGAUAAAACCUCCAGAGACACUUCAGAUUCUGUGGUGGGGUAAAACCUCCAGAGACACUUCAGAUUCUGUGGUGAGAUAAAACCUCCAGAGACACUUCAGAUUCUGUAGUGGGGUAAAACCUCCAGAGACACUUCAGAUUCUGUGUUGAGAUAAAACCUCCAGAGACACUUCAGAUUCUGUGGUGAGAUAAAACCUCCAGAGACACUUCAGAUUCUGUGGUGUGAUAAAACCUCCAGAGACACUUCAGAUUCUAAGGUGUGAUAAAACCUCCAGAGACACUUCAGAUUCUGUGGUGGGGUAAAACCUCCAGAGACACUUCAGAUUCUGUGUUGAGAUAAAACCUCCAGAGACACUUCAGAUUCUGUAGUGGGGUAAAACCUCCAGAGAUACUUCAGAUUCUGUGUUGAGAUAAAACCUCCAGAGACACUUCAGAUUCUGUAGUGGGGUAAAACCUCCAGAGACACUUCAGAUUCUAAGGUGUGAUAAAACCUCCAGAGACACUUCAGAUUUAUUAGAUAUUAUAAGAUUAAUAUUAAUAGCACACAUGGGAUAUCAGUGGUUAGUUUAUUAUCUCCCUGUGCUUCUAGAGACACAAAAGACACUUGAAAAAAUAUGAAGGAGGGGAGAAUUUGUUAUAUAAAGUUUGUUUGGUGUCACCUCGGACUUCUGUAGAAAUAUCUUGCCAUUUUAGCCAAAAGUGACACAGAACAAUAUAUAUAAAGGAGGCAACUUUGAUGUGCUAUAUCAGGGGUCAGUUUAAUGUCUCGUCAUGUCUCUAUAGAAACCUCUUGCCAUCAUUACCAAUGGAGACACAAGAUUAUUAAGGUUAUAACUUUGAAGGUUUAUUGUCUCGUCAGUUUGAUUUCAGUCUCACGACAUGGGUCAGAAUGUAGACCAGAGACAACAUACUGUCUCAUCAGUCUGACUUCAGUCUCACGACACAGGUCAGAAUGUAGGCAAGAAACAUGAGACAAGUGUGUCUUGUUAAUGAUCAGAGCCUAGAUAUGAAGAUAAUAGCUUGUAGAUCUGUUGUGUCAUAAGCAUCUAGAUAUGGGAAAGAUAGAUUGUAGGUCUGUUAAUCUUGUAAACUAUUUACCUAUGUCAUCUACAGCUUGAUUUUAGAGUUUUAAACUGCUGUGCUGUGUACCGUUCCAUUGUGUAAUUUUAGUUUUGAUGUCAAUGCUGAUGUGAAUGUAAAAUCAUACAUUUUUCAUGAGAAUCAACAAAAACGCACAUUUUUAUGGGUACUUGAUUUCAUGAUUAUGUUCUUGUUCACGAAACCAACUGUACUACAAUCCAUGUCAAAAUUUUACCUGUGAAUUAUGUUGUUAACAUAUAAAUUUGUGGAUUCAGAGUACCAACGAGUUGAGUGAAAAUAAAUCCACCACGAAAAAAAAUAUUUUACAGUAUGAUGGUACUGAUGUUGUAUUUAUCGUGUAUUAAGCCCAGUCAGAUUGAUGAAAUUUUCAAAAAAAAUGUCGACUAAUUCUGUAUUACAUGGUUCGGUGUGACAACACUUGAGACAGAUAUAUUGUUUUGGUCCUUGAUCAUAUCACCAAGUGAGUAAGUACAAUGUUUAUAUAUAGUCGUCUGUAAGCAUAGCUCUGCGACUGAACAAUAAUUGUUUAACAUUUGAUUAGGAAAUAUUUUGCAAUCAAACCAGUCUUACAGAUCUUGUCUUUAUACAGGCCACUUCUUUACAACUAUUUAUGAUCAUCUGUCUAUAAGGACCACAUCUGUUGAAAGGACACCUAUCAAUAAAGACCACUUGAUUUGGUUCCAGCUGUAAUAUAUAAUACAAUUUGUAGUAAUUUUACCUUUAUCUGAAGGCGACCUGUCUGUAAGGACCACCUGUAUACAUGUAUAAGGAUCACCUGUCUAAAAGGACCACCUCUGUUGAAAAGUCACCUGUUAAUUAAGGCCACUUGAUCUGGUUCCCAAUUUAAUAUGUAAUACAAUUCAUGGCAAUUACACUGAAGGUGACAGACCUCUGAGGACCACCUCUAUUCAAAGGUGAACUGUCCAUGCAGGCCACUUGCUUGGGCUCCCAGUGUAAUUGAACCUUUAUUUGAAGGUCACUAGUCUAAAAAGGCCACUAUUCUCAUUUUCCUUUAGUGGUCUUUUUACACAGGUUUAAAUAGAUUUCAUUGCAAUGAUAUAUGAAAUAUACUACUAAUAUAUAUUUUCCUUUUUUGAAUUUCAUCAUAAUUUAUUUAUUUUUUCAAAUACUGUCAAGUCAUAUACUUUUGUGGGGCUCAAUUUUUGUAGUUUUACAAAAAAAAAAACAUAAAAAAAACAACGGUCAUGGACAUUUGGUUUUGGGGAUAUCGAUGGCUCAAUAAAUCUGCUUAUACUAACUUUUAACAGUUCAUAGACGUCUUUAUUAAUGAAUUACAAGUUUCAACAAAAUCAAUUAAAUAAGUUUCCCACGAAAAUUAAUGAUUUUGUGGUAAGGCUUGAAAUAUUUUCUUUACAGCCAUUUUCAUGUCAUUUUUACCUGUCUAUAUUUUCUCGCUGUCAAUGAAAUUAUAGUUAUUUGAAACAUUAAUACCUUGUACACCUGUAUGUAUUAUUUGCAUCAUUUAAGAGUCCUUGAUGAAUUUUUCAUUUGAUGCAGAUGUAUUGAUUAUUAGGCAAAUGUAUAUCUUUAUGUACAUGAAAUCAAUCUAUAUUAAAACCAUAUCCUUUGA